AUGAGUAAGUUUGGUACAUCUAAUAAAGAAUACAGUGACUUAUACCUUAGAUCUCUUAUUAAAUCAGCUAAAACUCCUGAAGAGUUGCAACCUGCUAAAGCAUAUCUAGUGACCUACUUUGCAUGUGCUGAU